CUUGGAAAAUAAACUGUCGCCGCUCUGCUCUGAACAAACCAGCUAGGAGCAUAUUUUCUACCUCUAGUAAUAGCGGCUGUGACGACGGACGCGGUGACAAAAAUCGGUAACUACACGAACUCGAACUACCCUAUAACGGACGGAGACGUAGUAAUAUGGGACAGCUACGGAUACUUUCAACACUCAACGAAGACUACGCAGACCAGACGGAGAAGCUUACGGUGGGCUUUACAGAUGACCACAGGACACCAGUGGUAAAGGCGGACCUUCAGCAUAUUCGCAAUUCAGGAGCAAUUAAGUAGAACGGAAGAAAGUCAAAAGGAGUUAAAUAUAAAAUUUCAAGAUAGACUAAACGAGCUAACCAACUCGCUAAAUAUAAUCCUGAAAUCAGAUGGAGUUAAAGAAGCUCACCUCUUAGAGAUCAUCUUAGCGAAAAAUAGAAUAAAAAACUAAAUAUUGUAAACCCAGCUAUCCUGGAUAGCACCGAUAUAAGCGAACUCAAAGACAAAAAGCCUACAAAUAUUAGUUUGGUAGAAAUAUUAGAAGUAUCUAAUGUAAGCGUUUUUCAAAAUUAUGAAUUAAUUAAUUUCCUCAUUAAAGUACCAGACGCUAAGUUAGUCUGUAAAAAAAUCGCUGUUUACCCGACUCAACACCACAAUCGGAUCCUAGAUUUCGAUGACGGAAAUCUGGUCGCUGAAUGCGCCGCUCAGAUUAUAAACAUCGGGGACUGCAAGACAACAGUCGGAGCAACUUUCUGCAAGGAACUCCAAUGCAGCACAUGCGUACGUGAAAUGGUUGCGGGGACUAUUGCACACUGUAAUACGCUUCCGGGGCACCUGAACUCAGUCACCAUUGUGAACCAUGCCAACAUCAUCAUCAAUGAUGCCAACAUGACCAUCAUAGACGAUAACGGUCUUGUCCAGACGGUAGCUGGUAAUAAUUAACCUGGUUAAUUACUCGAACUGAGUUUCCCUAAAUGGAAACUGGUAUGUCAACCAGCUAGGAAGCUCAAGAAAAAAACCCUCAGUGGCGGCCAUGCCCUUGGUGAAUGUCACUUCACACCAGGACCGACUAGGCCUCCCUCUAUUACACGAGCUGAGCCUGAAAAACCUCCAUCACAUCGGAGCUAUAAAGGAAAGGUUCCUGUUGGGACCCCUCGUCGGCUACUCAUUAAUCGAGCUAGUUCUAGCCUGCGUCAUCUGGCUUAGCCGUCUGAUUUGGAUAGCUAAUUGGCGCACCGACUCAAAGAGCGGUGACGACAUAGAAGGAGGAGGCCGCCGGGACGACGACCAUUUAAAGGAGGGAAGAGUUAGCAAGCGCAACGAAGAUUUUGCGAAACUGCCAAGUUGCAGACCGGACGGAAAAGCCCGCACGGGAAAGACAGAAACUGCUGAAUACGCAGUCCGUGGUGCAGUGCUCCAUACUCUGUCGGAUCACGCCGAAAACAAGUGGCCGUCGUCAAGCGGACGCAAAGUCGCUGACACGGCACCUAAUUGACCGCGCAGUCGAGAGUCCAAAACUCCGCCGAAAAACAGCGAAACA